GUAUACACCUCCCAUUUGCCCUCCCCUUUUCCCAAACAAGCAGGCAGUCUGUCAAUGCGCUCCGAGCGUUAGGCAAGUCAAACGAGUGGGAAUUUGAACUAGUGAGACGAGGGAGAUAGGCUAUCGAAUGGGAAACAUUGACGGAGAAGGGAAGCUAUCAAUAUUCCAAAUGACUCGCCACACCAGACCGGCUAGUCUAUAACAUAAGGAUAUUGCCUAUGUUAAACGUAUAUUUAUUAUUCCAAGUUUUAUUUUGCUCAUAUUCGUCUGGUUAGUUGAAGUUGAAUAGGCUGGAGAUGUUCUAGUCUUCAGUUGUCUUUCUAGUCAAGUGUUUUUAUUUGUUCUGUGAUAAGUUGGUUCUUGGAUGGCAACAUUAACCGAGGUUUAUUUGCCAGUCGCAUUUACAAAUCAUUUGGGAUAGGAUCUCGGAUUUACUAAUUGGAAGUGAAGAGAAAGAACAAGGAGUGAGUGGGGACCAGACCGCGCAAUGACAAAUCCACCGACCAGCAAGCAUCAACGCGUCCUUAUGGGGAUGGAGCUGCUGUUCUAAACGGGAGAAAAUCCUCUUCCAUUUUUAAACACACAUUAGCGCUUCUAUCUCGAUUUUUUUUCUUCAUAAAGUACCCUUUCUAUACUGGUGGAAAAUCCGUAAAAAAAGAAGGAAUGGGAGAGAAGCCGAACAGAAUCGGCGCAGACAACAAGGGAACAUUGUUUGGGAAAAAAACAAUUAUAGCUAAGACCAACACGCAACAUACAUACCAGUAGAAAUCGAUUCACGGGAUUUAUUUUUGAGUAAGAAGGGGAGUUGUGCACGAGCCAGUGGACAUCGCAUUGAGGAGAAAAAAUAGGGACUAAUGACAAAAUAAUCAGAAAGUCAUGGGAUUGGCAUAGUAUUUCUCCUGGACACGCACAGAAAAUAUUGUCGAUUUCCGCAGGACGCAGCCUAUAUUGUCGUUCAACGGUCACGGAUAGAGCAACUUUUAUCUGUCAUAGUUCAGUGUCAAUUACUGCGUUUUGUGUUCUAGUUUCGGUUUAUAUCCAUGCUGUUGCCCAAGGCACAAUAUCUCAUAUUCACGCAUUGAGUGGACUCACCUAUAGUCUUUGUUUUGAAAGUCCCCCAUCUCCAACCUCAUAGAAAAACUCACAUUUAUUUUUAAAUGGGGGUAAAUAAUCGGGUUAGUGUGGUUGCAAUGGCGCGUCGGAGAAGUGGGAGUAGACUGGGUUUUCUGCUGAUAAUCUUAAUGGAUUUACUGGGGACGGCGGCGAGCAACAUGGAGCCUAUCUACUGGAAUUCAUUGAACAAAAGGUUUUUGGACGAUAAGGGCUACGUCCUCUACCCUCAGAUCGGGGACCGCCUGGACCUCAUCUGUCCGUCGUCGGACCCCCCCAGCCAGCGGGCCCCCGCCGAGUAUGAGUUCUACAAGCUAUAUCUGGUGUCGUCACGUGACCAAGCGGACAGGUGUGAGGUGACGGGCGCGCCCAACCUGCUGCUCACCUGUGACAAGCCCAACAAUGACAUGAGGUUCACCAUAAAGUUCCAGGAGUACUCUCCUAACCUGUGGGGACAUGAGUUCAAGACCAACGCUGACUACUACAUCAUCGCCACGUCAGAUGGGACGCGCCAGGGUCUGGAGAGUAUGAGGGGAGGAGUGUGUGCCACGCAGGGCAUGAAGGUGGUCCUUAAAGUGGGACAGAACCCCUAUGGACUGCCCCUGAAACCUGCCAAACCAGACCAAAGCGCGGGCCGUACCAACACCAGAAAUACAGCUGGUGCUGGUAACACCACUCAUCCCAGGAUUCCUGGCGGUGACGGCGGUGGUUCAAGAGGCACGGGUGGUGAGAACGGACCCCUUCCCCCCUCCAACGUGGCUGUCAUUGCCGGCGCCGCAGGAGGCUCCGCCUUUCUCCUCCUGGUCACCGCAGUGAUCUGCGUGGUGUGUUACCGGCGGCGACACGCCAAGCACUCGGAGUCCCACCACCCACCCCUAUCGCUGUCCUCCCUCACCAGCCCCAAGAGGCACGGCGGUGGGCAUGGGGGUGGCCACGGGAGCGGGAAUAACAACGGCUCGGAACCCAGUGACAUCAUCAUCCCCCUGCGGACUUCGGACUCGGCGUACUGCCCUCACUACGAGAAGGUGAGCGGGGACUACGGCCACCCCGUCUAUAUCGUCCAGGAGAUGCCCCCCCAGAGCCCAGCCAACAUCUACUACAAAGUAUGAAGGUCGUCACCAUGACAACCUACAGUACCACCAACUACCACCCUUCCCUGUUCUAUCCAGUACAGUACCACUUACAACCUACCUACAAUAUACCCUGUUCUAUACAGUACAGUACCACCUACAAUCUACCUACAAUAUACCCUGUUCUAUCCAGUACAGUACCACUUACAACCUACCUACAAUAUACCCUGUUCUAUACAGUACAGUACCACCUACAACCUACCUACAAUAUACCCUGUUCUAUACAGUACAGUACCACUUACAACCUACCUACAAUAUACCCUGUUCUAUACAGUACAGUACCACCUACAAUCUACCUACAAUAUACCCUGUUCUAUACAGUACAGUACCACCUACACUCUACCUACAAUAUACCCUGUUCUAUACAGUACAGUACCACCUACACUCUACCUACAAUAUACCCUGUUCUAUCCAGUACAGUACCACUUACAACCUAUCUACAAUAUACCCUGUUCUAUACAGUACAGUACCACUUACAACCUACCUACAAUAUACCCUGUUCUAUACAGUACAGUACCACCUACAACCUACCUACAAUAUACCCUGUUCUAUACAGUACAGUACCACCUACAACCUACCUACAAUAUACCCUGUUCUAUACAGUACAGUACCACUUACAACCUACCUACAAUAUACUCUGUUCUAUACAGUACAGUACCACUUACAACCUACCUACAAUAGUCCCUCAAUGACUUACUCCAAAACCAGAUCUUUAGGGCACUAAACAGCAUAUGAACUGCCCUAUCCAACCCCAGCCUCAGCCACAGGUGUGUGUGUCUAGCUUACUGAAGAGGCCGUCCUUCACGCCCACCACUCUUCACUCAACUGUGUCACUAAGCCAAGUGAAGGUUUAGUAUAUAACCCCCCUACUGGACCCCACCGGGCCCUUUAAAGAGGACAGCAAUGACAAGUACCCUGGGCUACGCCCCCUUUCUUUCUCACAGCGAAUCGAAACCCCCCCAUCCAGAGCUGAAGAGAAGAGUCCCGCCCUAUACACCAUGAGGACAAGUGUGAGAGAACACACACCAAGCUAGUGUGAGAGAACACACACCAAGCUAGUGUGAGAGAACACACACCAGUAACGCCACAGCAUGGCCUUAUGGGACUCGGACCCUAGAAAACCUAAAGUCCAACUACCAACCAACCAGAGAACUCUGUCUGUAACUCCAGUGCUGUGCUAUAGCAGACCUAUCGAGACUGGCCCCUGACUGGCCCUUGACUGGCCCCUGAGACAGACUGUGUCCCCUAAUGUUAGUUUGUUUGUUUGUGUGUGUAUGGUUUCUCAUUGGACCAGGGGCCUCUGACUCUCUCGCCACGUGAUCAGGCUCAGGUGCCAGAGGUCAGACCAAUUGAGUCUUAGUGACAUUCAGAUUCUUGUAUAUUUUAAUAACGUGUGUAUGUGUGUGCUUGUGUAUGUGGGACUAGGAUAAUAAUUAUGACACUGUUACACGUACAGGUGUGUGUGCAGUUAGUGUGCUUUAGUACAGCGAGUAUGUGUGUGUUUUGUGUGUCAGUGAGUGUGUGUGUGUAUGCCUGUGUUUCUCCGUGUAUACACGACGUGCGAGAGAAUGUGCAUGUGUGUUUGUUCUUUAGACUUGUCUUAAAAACCAAAACUCAAAAAAGUGAGCGAAUAUAGGAAGAAAGUGAGAUUUUUUAUUGCUAUCAACACUUAUAGAUGAUAUAUAUAUAUGAAUAUCCAGUAAGUCAUUUUUAGACGUCUUGUUUUCUAUUGUUUUUCAUUUUUAUUCCUCCACUUGUAAAACUCCACUUCUUCUGUUACUGCUAGAUAUUUUUUAUCCGCUGGUUUAUUUUUUUAGAAACAUGACCUUAUUUCCUUCCCCUUUGAGUUGUAAAUUAAUUUAAUCCCUUUGUUUUUCUUUUCCUGGCGAACUGAGGUCUCUCCUUCUCUCUCUCAUCGCCUCCUCCCUCCCUCCCCUCCUCCCUCCCUGUCUCCCUCUGGGCCUCCCACCCCUAUGUAUAUUUUUAUAGUUCUUGUAAUAUGCUGUAGUUUUGAAGUUUAGACCUCGUUUGUGGAAGUUGUUGAGGUAGAAACCAUCUAUGAACGUUUUUUUUUUUUUUUCAAAUGUUUUUGAACACACAAGAAAAAGCAAGGUGGAAAAUAAACGAGGGAAGGUUCCAAAAGAAAUGAAAUUAAAAGCAAGAAGGUGAACCGGAGUCACUGUCUAGGGAGAAAAGAGAGUGACUGAAAACAGAACUUUUGUUAAAAGAAAGAGAGAAGAAACUGAAGAAGGAGUUACACACUAAGAAAGAAAAAGAAUGCGAGAACAGAUGGAAGAAGAAGAGGAGGAUAGGAGUUGAAUUGAGAGAUGAGAGAAGGAUCCCUGGGAAGGAUGGAGAGAGCGAAGCGAUGACUGCUGCGGAGGAUAGGAGUCUUUCCUUUAAUGGAACGCUGCGAAGGAGUGAUGAACCCUAGGAGGAGGGAGGAGAGGAACGGACACGCAACUGAAAUGGAUUUCAGGGGGGAAACCUCACUGUGAAAUAAGGAGGAGAGAUUUAAUCUCCACACACACACACACACACACACACACACACACACACACACACACACUGACAGAUAGACAGACAUCCUCCCCUUUUACCUCGCAACAGCUUUAUAUUUCAGACACACACUCUUUAAGCUGAUUAUAAUGAUAGACACUCUCUGCAGACACACUGAUCCCUCUCACAUUCUCUUUCACUGUAAGACACACACACACACACACACAUACAUACAUACAAAAGUAUACGCUGAUUUUACACACAUACUGAGUACAAAUACAUACUGAUUGCAUUCAACACCACACACACUCUCUCUGUCUGGCUCUCUCUACAUCUCUGCCACACCACACACACACACACACACACACACACACACACACACACACACACACACACACACACACACACACACACACACACACACACACACACACACACACACAAACACACAGACUGCUCUCAUGUGGCUCCCUAUUUUUGACACAGUCCUGGCUUUCUACCCAUGAUUAAGUCAACCUCUGUGUGUGACGGAAGGAUGAAAAGAGGUUUUGUCCUCCCUGUGUGCGUGCGUGCGUGCGUGCGUGCGUGCGUAUGGGUGUUUUUCCUCAAACACAGCUCCUGUCAGUCUCACUAUAAGCCUGUCUAAUGAUACCCGUUUUCACUUCCUUUUUCUAGAACAAAACAUUUUUCAAUGCCGUGUGAUCAGUGAUGUUGUACAGGCUAGCCGCUGUAUUGUUGAGACAAGUGUUAGACCAACACAGCCACAACAACCUUUGAAUACAUACGUACGUGCUCACACAAAAUAGAAGACAAUAGAUACUGUGCCAUAUUUUGAAAUAUCCCUCAUGCUCAACAGGGGUGUGUUUUUUCCAAAAGCGUCACUCAAAGUGUGUGUUAUUCAUGUGCACACCUGUUGGAGAAGCUUCAUUUGGGAUAUUGCUGUUAAAUGUGUUACAAUGACAACUGCGCUCUCUGUUUCAUAUCAUUUGUAUGCUGUGUUAUCUGUUCACAUUAUACUUUUUGAACUUAGAAAGUGUUAAGAGAAAUUGACAAAAUAUGGGGAAAGUUUCUCCCCGGUCUGUGUGUACUCUACCAUCAUCUUGGUAUGUGUGUAUGUGUCUGUCCUGUCUACAGUAUAAAUAAACAGCCAACAGGAAUAUACCUUCAAAAACACCCUCAAGCCAAACUGCAAACUCUGUUCUGGUGUCUGAAUAAACUACAAACUCUAUUCUGGUGUCUGAAUAAACUACAAACUCUUUUCUGGUGUCUGAAUAAACUACAAACUCUAUUCUGGUGUCUGAAUAAACUACAAACUCUAUUCUGGUGUCUAAAUAAACUACAAACUAUUUUCUGGUGUCUGAAUUCUGGAAUCCUCCGACCCUGAAAUGACAUUAUUUGACCAAGGUGGCCACUGCCACAGAAAUAAACACUUGAAUUUUCUUUCUGGAACAUGUGGAGUUGCUACUCUGAAGAUGCUCCUUUAUGAAAUGGCUCCUUCGCUGAGCACAGGCGUCAAUUCAACGUCUAUUCCACGUUGGUUCAACAUCAUUUCAUUGAAAUGACGUGGAAACAACAUUGAUUCAACCAGUGUGUGCCCAGUGGGUUAUGUCUCUCUCUUCUCCUUCUCCAUCCCCCUCUCUUCUCUUUCUCUCUGGGAAGAAGCUCCCUCCAGGACUCAAAGCUCUAGCUUUUUUGUUUUCAUGUCGGUCAGUGUUUAUCUAGCAGGUUGUUUCUCUCUUUCACUGUUUGCUUUGGACUGUUCUCAAUGUGCUUUUUCUCAUGGACGCUAGCUAGAUCCUCCUAUCGAAAGAGAGGUUUCCUGUUUUGUAAAAACGCACACCACCUCCUCCCUCACCUCUCUGCCGGUGUGUGGUGUGUGGUGUGUGUUUCUUUGUGCCAAUAGCCAGCGAGUCGAGGCGAGAGAGAGCGGGUUGGCUCUUGUACGUGACGUGUUGAGACUGUAUUGGGACACUAAUGUGUGAGAUGGGUUUUGUGUCCUCCUCCCCCCCCCUUCCCCCAUCACUAUGACCCCUCUCGACCUCCUCCUCUCCUCCUAUACUCCAACACACCCCUACAGAGACGGGAAAACUAGUACAUUCCUGCUUUGGAAAAAUGUUGAUUAAAAAAAAAAAUGUUUAAGCACCA